AUGGACGCCAUUCAGAAAGAGCAUGAAAAGGUCUGGAACAGCUCCAAGCAGUCGAAGACAGCAUGUCAUGUCGACGACAUCAUCAAAUCCCUUCAGAGAGCGCGGGACGCCAUAGCCAAAGAUCCAAAUUCACGACAAAUCACUCUUGCGAAGCUGCAAAAUCCAGUCAAAGCCUCGUUUGACGGGAUAUUCUCAGGCCUAAAGGAUACUCAUGGACUGCACAAUAAAUACACAAGAGCUUUGGAUAAGGUCUUCAAAGACAAAGUACCGAGCAAUGAGAUUGACGCCCUAUCUUCCCACCCAACAUUAAUCAACCGAGCCGUCUACCUGCACUUGCUUCGAGAGGGCCUUUUUGAUGUAGCGUCGACGUUCCAUUCCGAAGCAAUUGACAGACAGAAAAGCCAACAAGAAACAGCAGCUCACUUAGGGUUGGAUGUUCCGAUGGAGCAUCCGUUGGGAUUGGACAAGAGCUCGGAAGAGAACAUGCAAGAACAAUUCUCAAACAUGUACCACAUUCUGAGCGAAGUCAAAGAUAAUCACAACUUGCAACCGGCUAUUGAUUGGGCUCGAAGCAAUGCUGCCGCGCUGGAAGCUCGUGGUAGCAACCUGGAGUUUGAACUUUGCAGAUUACAAUUUGUCAACCUAUUCUUGGACCGACGGCCUGACGAUCAAUCUGAUUUUGAUGCCCCAAUGCGUGCUCUUCAAUAUGCACAAUCCGAGUUCCAAUCUUUUCGUGGUCGGUACUUGGUUGAGAUCCAACAACUGAUCGGCGCCAUUCCAUUUUGCUCCAAUUUGGAUGACUCGCCCUACAAUAUCAGAUUCAACAAUUCCACCGCUUGGGAUGAGGUUGCCACAUCUUUUACUCGAGAAUUUUGCUCUCUGCUCGAAUUAUCCGCGGACUCACCGUUGUACGUGGCAGCCACAGCCGGAGCCAUCGCAUUACCCACGCUUCUCAAGCUCCAGACGAUUCAGAAACAGAAGCGAACAGAAUGGACUUCACAAAACGAAUUGCCAGUUGAAACGCCGCUUCCUCCUUCGUAUCAAUUCCACUCGAUUUUCGUGUGCCCCGUAUCAAAGGAACAAACAACGGAUCAGAACCCACCGAUGAUGCUACCCUGUUGUCAUGUUAUUGCCCAAGAAUCACUUCAGAAGCUCAGCAAAGGCGCCAAGUUCAAGUGCCCUUACUGCCCCAUAGAAAGCCACCCAAAGGAAGCAAAGAGAGUCUUCUUAUGA